AUGGAUAAGGAUGGCGAGCGUUACGUGGAGUGUAAGGGGAAUCGCUAUGUUCUCAUGACACUCCCUCACUUUCGAAAGUUCCGCAACCUCGCGUUGUCGAGGGACUCGACUUGGAAAACGCACUACUCCGACAGCCUACUGAAGGUGGAGUCGAAACCUCCGGGCGACGGCUCUACGAACCUCAAUAUAAUUAGGGCAACGCGCAUUAUGAAGAACGUGCCCCCGGGGGUGUUGUACAACCAGCUGCACGACGCCAAGUACCGCGCAACGUGGGACACAAAUAUGCUGGAAGGGUACAACAUUGUUCAGCUAGAUAAGCACAACGACAUUGGCUACUAUGCGGUGAAGUUCCCGUGGCCGUUGAGUAACCGUGACUUCUGCAAUAUGCGCUCAUGGAUGGAGUUCACAAACGGCGAGUACAUUAUCUUCAACCACUCGGAGCCGCACCCCGAUUGCCCUGUAAAGAAAGGCUUUGUCAGAGCCCGCUCCAUCUUGAGUGGCUUCUACAUUCGGCCUCUUUCAGGCGAAAAGGGAACGCAGCUCGUGUACGUCAGCCAUAGCGACCCCUGCGGUUCCAUCCCUCAUAGCGUUAUCAACUUCGCUAUGACAAAGGGAGCACGCAUGAUCCUGGACAAUUGCGAAAAGUACUCGGAGAGGUACCCGGCUUACGUGGCGAAGAUGUAUCCGGAGGACCACGUGUAUCCAUGGCGCACGCCCGCGAUGGACUGGGACAGCCCCUACCUGUACCCGGAAGACGUUCCUCCGAACUCUGAGGUGGCAGCGGAGCACCAGCAGCCAGAGGCUGGCGGCAGCGGCGGCGAGAAAGGGGACGGCAGUGGGCGAUCCGGCGAAGAAAAGCCCGUCCCGUUUCUCUCGAGCAGUGCUGGGCCAUCGGGGACGCCACUGCCUCUCGCCCCUGUUGCCCCGUACCGCAUCACCGAUCUCCUUUGCGUUCAGCAGUACCGCUCUAUCAUGCAGGACGCCAUGAACGCCGUAGACCGCUCAUUCCUCCGCGAGGGACGCGUGCCAACCACAAAGGAGUACAUUCUCCGUCUCAAGUACAUGAUCGAAGGUAUCCGCCAGACCACUGUGGACAUCUAG